UGUACAUUAUAACUGCUCCCUCCCUAUGCUUGCUAAUAUAAUUUCAUUUUUAUAUACUUUUAUUCCUUUUUCUGCACUGUCUUUGAUUAAUUAUUAUAUGGUCAUUUCAAUGCUUUUGUAUGGAAAAAAAAUAAUAUAUAUGGAAGUUGUGCUUCAACUAAGCAGGUCCCUUGUAAAGAUGCCUUUUUCCCCAUCUGAUAUUCUUUCACCUCUUUCAUUUUGCUAAGGGAGUUACCUUUCCCUUAUUUUAUUUCUCUGUUUUUGUUGUUUAUUUUGUAAAUAUAUAACAUUCUAUGAAUCUUUUGAAGGGAACAGUUAGGCUCUUGUAUUAAUUGGUUCCUCUUUCUAUCUCUUUAAACUUGGGCCAUUUUUAAAACCAAGAGAAUUUUGAAGUUUUUAAGGCUCUUUCCUCAAAAACUGUUGCAAACUCACUGUUCAUUUUCUCCUUCCUAAUCUCCACCAGAGCACCAUCCUCAUGGAAAAUGGCUUCUCUUCUCCUCGAAAUGAUGCGUUUCCUAUCGGUCUUCGUGUUCUUGUUGUUGAUGAUGAUCCAACAUGGCUGAAAAUCCUGGAAAAGAUGCUCAAGAAGUGCUCUUACGAAGUGACUACAUGUUGUUUGGCAAGGGAGGCUCUGAGCCUGCUUAGGGAGAGAAAAGAUGGAUACGAUAUCGUAAUCAGCGACGUCAACAUGCCUGAUAUGGAUGGCUUUAAACUCCUUGAGCAUGUGGGAUUGGAAAUGGACCUGCCAGUUAUCAUGAUGUCGGUUGAUGGAGAAACGAGUAGAGUAAUGAAAGGGGUCCAACACGGUGCUUGUGAUUAUCUUCUGAAGCCAAUACGAAUGAAAGAACUUAGGAAUAUAUGGCAGCACGUAUUGCGAAAAAAAAUACAGGAGGGAAGAGAUAUUGAAGGCCAUGAUGUUAUUGAAGGCAUCCACAUCCUAAGAAAUAUGGCAGAUAGGUAUGAUGAUAGCCAGUUCCUCAGGGGAGAGGAACUAUUUUCAGUGAGGAAACGAAAAGAUAUUGAUAAGCAUGAGGACAAAGACUUUUGUGACACUUCUUCCACAAAGAAAGCAAGGGUUGUUUGGUCAGUUGAUCUGCACCAGAAAUUUGUAAAAGCAGUAAACCAAAUAGGUUUUGACAAAGUUGGCCCUAAAAAGAUACUUGAUCUGAUGAAUGUUCCAUGGCUAACUAGGGAAAAUGUAGCUAGCCACUUGCAGAAAUAUCGCCUCUAUUUGAGUCGACUACAGAAAGAAAAUGAUCCAAAAGCUUGCUUUGUUGUUGGGAUGAAACAAACUGAUUCGUGUUCAAAGGAUGGAGAUGGAAACUUCAGCCUUCGUAGCUCAUUAGCCAUGCCACAAAAUGAUAUCACAAAUAGCAACUUCAGUUUCUCAGGUGAUAACUUCCUGCUACAUAAUGUAGAUUCCAUAGGCUGCGAAGUUGAUAGGAAAAGGAUUGUUCAAGAGCAAACAUCAGAGCCAAAAAGAGCUGCUACUAGGAGUGUUCCUGAACCGAUAAAGACACGAUGUACGCAGAUGAAAUUCAGCAAUUCUAUUCACUCUGUUGAACCUGAAGGGAAGUUUGCAGCAUUUGAUCCAAGCAACCGAAGCUGUUAUCCUUGGGUUGAAGCUCCAGAAAUCAAGUUCAAACAAGAAAACAAGCCAAUUGUGCAUUUAGAAGGAGAUUUCAGUCAAUUCCCUCCAACGGUUCCACCACAUCAAGUUCAAAUGGACCAACUACAAUCGAUUUCAUCCAUUAGUUCUGGAUGGUCAGCAACAGAGAAAGAUAAAGCAAGCUCCAUUGAAAGUAAGCCUCCAUAUUCUGAGGACUGUAGCCAACAGAUGGUCCAUUUAAAUCUACCAAAAACUCCAACUGAUUCACUUUCUGGCAAGGCUAAGAGUUUCAAUGAGAUGAAUGACCAUUUUGAUCCCAAUUCAACUACUACUACUCCAAUGGGCAAAAACCAGAAUUUCAAUCUUAGCUGCAUUUCAAAUGAUUUAGGAAGUGGGUUAACUUUUGCAACCAUUGAUGAAGACUUGCAGGGCUAUUUGCUUCAAGAUGGCUGCUAUCCAAAGAACCUUGAACAUCAGAUUAUAGAGUUUCCAGAUUAUGGUGAUCCAGGCAUCUUCACUGAAGUUCCUACUCACCUUUACGAUGCAAUGAGGUUUGGCUAUGAUUAUUCCUAUGACCCAACUGAGUAUCCGGUGAUAGAUGAAGGCCUAUUUAUUGCAUGAUUAUGCUAUUUACAUACUCCCUCUGUAUGCAAGGAAAAAUGAUGUCUUGCUAAUAAGUAAGUUCCUUAAAUUAACGGAUUGAAUAUUACCUUCCCAACCUAUUGGGAUUUGGAUUUUGAAAUGUGUAUAUAGAAGUAGUAAUGAAAAACUUCUUCAA